AUGGAGUCUCGAGUGCGGAAUCAUCUUCUCCAGGUUCAAGCUGCUUCUACAAGCUUGUCCCUCUUAGAUACAUCACAACCACAUACAUUCUUGAAGCCGGCAAAGAAAAUCAACGAGGGUCACGAUGUGCCUGCCUUCCUUACAUCACGGGCAUACAGUGAUAUCGGCGUUUUCAUAAUGCAGCUGAAUAUUGCUAUGUGCCCGAGAAAAUCUUCUGAUCCAGGCGGCACUCGAACCUGGCAGCUUGAUGAAAUAGAUGUUCUGUCUGAGCCUGUCCAACAGCUUCGAGAACUUCUGCAGAAAAUAGAUUCCAUCAUUGAGGAAGCCCCUCCAGACACGGGUCCAAGAAGGUUUGGCAAUGUCAGCUUCAGAAAAUGGUAUGAAAUUCUUGAAUCGCGAGUGCAAGAACUGCUCGAGGCACAUCUUCCACGAGCUGUGCUGGACGUUAGUGCCACCCCAGAUGGAACAUCCGUUCUGGAAGAGCUUACUCCUUAUCUGCUAGGCGGGUUUGGUAGUGCACAAAGGCUUGACUAUGGUACAGGACAUGAACUCAGUUUCCUUGCAUUUUUAGGUUGCAUUUGGAAGCUUGGCGGCUUCUCAACUGAAAAGUCACAAGAUGGGGAAUUCGAAAGAAGUCUGGUGCUGGGUGUUAUUGAGCCUUACUUGCGAGUUGUUCGGCGUCUAAUUCUUACAUAUACCCUUGAACCUGCCGGAUCUCACGGGGUCUGGGGCCUUGAUGAUCAUUCUUUCUUGCCAUACAUCUUAGGCUCAGCACAGUACUGUCCUGCCAUCAGUGAGGGCGAUGCAAUGCCGGUUGAAGGCGCUUUGCCGAGCGCUCCAAACCCAGGAGAUAUCGCCAAGAAGAACGUUGUUGACCGAGAGAGGCAGCACAACAUGUAUUUUUCAGCUGUCGGUUUCAUCAACGACGUCAAGACUGGCCCAUUCUGGGAGCAUAGUCCUAUUCUUUUUGAUAUCUCUGGUGUGCGGUCAGGUUGGGGCAAAAUAAACAAGGGCAUGAUCAAGAUGUACAAUGCAGAAGUCCUAUCAAAAUUCCCAGUGGUUCAGCACUUCCCUUUUGGAUAUCUAUUCAGCUGGGAACAAGAUCCCAAUGCCCCGGCAGUCUCUGCUUCCGUGCAUACCGCAAGCCAGCCAACAAAUCAUCCGCCUUCAAUGAAUGCUACAACGUCGCGACCAUCACAAACAACGAGAGCGCCGUGGGCAGAUUCAAAAAGAGGUGGAGAAGGCCCGACGCCAGCUCCUUGGGCACAAAAACAACAAGCGCCAUCCCAGACUGGACUUCCUCCAACCAGAGCGCCAUGGGCAACCAGUGGUUCCGGGCAGUUACCCGUGAGAGGUGAAAGAACUGGUGGAAUGCCGCCCCCACCAGCAGCACUAGAUGGGCCGACAAAGGUGCCUUGGUAG